CAUCGAGUCUUCAAUCUCGCCACGCCCACUCCCUCCUCUCCAGGCCAAGGCCAACCAACAGGGUACAAUAACCAGGGCGCAGCGCUUGCUCGUUUCAUCUCUCGUGCCAUGCCACAGGUAGCACAGUACAAGAUCGCGCUGUGCCAGCUGCCUGUCACCGCGGACAAGCACGGCAACAUCGCCCGCGCGCGCGCCCGCAUCGACGCCGCCGCGGCCGCCGGCGCCAAGCUCGUCGUCCUGCCGGAAAUAUGGAACUGCCCCUACGCGAUGGAGACCAUGCCGAGCUACGCCGAGGACAUCGACGGCGGCCGGUCGCCGUCGGUCUCGAUGCUGUCGGAGGUGGCCGCUGCCAGGAAGAUCACCAUCGUCGGCGGAUCCGUGCCCGAGAUGGCGUCGGGGCAGCUGUUCAACACCUGCUGCGUGGUCGGUCCCGACGGAGAGAUCAAGGCCAAGCACAGGAAGCUGCAUCUGUUUGGAAUUGACAUCCCCGGAGACAUCACUUUCAGGGAAUCCGAUACCUUCACUGCUGGGCAAGAACCCACCGUGGUUGACACAGAUGUUGGACGGAUUGGUAUUGGGAUUUGUCAUGAUAUCCGGUUCCCAGAACUGGCAAUGCUGUAUCGAUCAAGAGGUGCACACUUGAUAUGCUACCCUUCUGCAUUUAACAUGAGCACCGGGCAGCUCCUCUGGGACCUUAUGCAGAAGUCCAGGUUCAGUUAUCUCUCUUCUCCAACUGUUCUGUCACCUUUUUCCUUGUUCCUCACUGUACUGAAAUUCAUGGAAAAACCAAUCCCCUUAAACGGUCUUGGUUUCAGCUGUUCGUGGCGACCUGCUCACCUGCGCGAGACCCCAACUCGCCGUCGGAAUUCGUGGUCUGGGGCAACUCAAGCCUCAUCGCACCAUUUGGCGAGGUUCUUGCGGCGGCAGGGCACGAGGACGCGACCGUCAUCGGCGAGAUCGACCUGUCUUUGGUUGAAGCUGUAAGGGCGAACCUCCCUUUGGAAACGCAGGGUAGAGGGGAUCUGUACAGGCUGAUCGAUGUCCAGAGGGAACGUUCGAGCUAGCUGCGUUGCUCGAGGAGAUGGAAAUGCAGCGCACAGAGCUGAAGAAGGCCACGUCUGCAUGUGUUGGUCACAUGCUAGGUUCAGUAAGACACUAAGACUGUAAGGGGUUUGCAAAAUUGUGUAGCGGCAUGCAAAGAUUCGGGAUGCCAUAAUACUGUAUCCUUGUACUGCAUUUGUUUUCUUAUUACAGUGAACUAAAAGUAGAUGUGGAUUUGAGUAGUCCGGAUUCUGCUAAAACCCGGUUACUAGUAGGUUUUCCCUUUUUGA